AUGACAUUUUCAAAAUAUCACACCCUUUCUCUCUUGCUUAUGCUUUUUUGUUAUGGCAACAUUUUUUUUAAAAAACCUACCUCUCUCUCAUAUUCUCUCUCUCUCUCUCUUUCCAAAUCGCUCAGCCCCCCUCCUUCUCUCUCCCUCUCUCUUUUCUUCUUUCUUUCUCUUUCCUUUUCUCCCCCCCUCUCUCUCUUUCUCUCUUGUUAUUCUUCUCCCUAUCUCUCUUGUUUUGCCGUCACUAAUCAUCCUAUCCCCCUUUCCCCGCACACGUUCUCUAUCUUUCCCUUUGUCUUUCCAUCUAUCUCUCCUCCAUUUCCUCCCUCUAUGUUCGCCUCUCUCUCUAUUUUCAUCUCUCGCAUGCUCUCUAUCCUUCCCGUCUCUUUCUGUCUGUCUGUCUGUCUCUCUCUCUCUCUCUCUCUUAGUCUCUCUUUUUACCGCUUUGUCUCAUCCUACUCUCUUGCCGCUCUCUUUCUUUCUCUCUCAACCUCUUUCCACUUGCCCCACUUUCUCCUUCUCUCACUUUUUCUAACUCUCUUUCCUUCGCUCACCCUAUCUUUCUCUCUCUCCCUCUGUCUUUUUCUUUCUUUCUUUCUUUCUUUCUUCUCUUUUCUUUUCUCACUCUUUCUCUCUUUCUUUAUCCUCUCCAUUUCCCGUCACUAA